UGACAAUGAAACUCUCUCAGGAAACUUAAGUCUCCGGUGACAAAUAAGACUCUCAACCAAGACAGGAUGCAUAUGACCCAGCCACUGAGCCAAAGGGAUAUGGGAGGCAAACAAGCUGUGCUCUAUUGUCUUAGCAUAUGCUUUACAGACAUUUAUAGAAUUUGAGCUCACGAUGAAAUCACUCAGUUCGUUGUUCCUUCAUGCAGCCAAGAUGGGGAUUCCUCCGCAGGUAUUUUGGCAGCUGCUGCUUUUGGGACUGACAGUUCAGCCCAGUGAAGAGGUCGAAGCUUUGUGUUCUGGGACCACUUGCUACACACUGAAUUUUGGACGGCUUGGUUGGAUGGAAGCUCAGCAAAAGUGCAAGGACAAUGGGGGUAACCUGAUGACUCUGAAAAGCCAAGAGGAGGCUUUGCUUGUCCCACAACUGCUCACGAAGAUGCCCAAAGGGGAAGCUGGCACAGUUUCGGAGGUAAGAUUGUGGAUUGGGCUCCACCGAAAGAAAGGCAAAUGCUACGAGAAACAUCGGCCAUUGAGGGGCUUCCGCUGGGUGACAGGAGGUGAGGACACCCAGUACUCUAACUGGGGACAGGAGCCCCGGGAAACAUGCUUGUUAAAUAUGUGUGUGACCCUUCAGGGGAUUCCCUUCUCAUCUCAGGAACUGUCCUGGGUAGACAGCCUCUGUGGCAGUACAACUGCUGGGUUGUCAGGCUUCUUGUGCAAGUUCAGUUUCCAGGGAAUGUGCCGUCCACUUAUACUGGCAGGGCCAGGCGUGGUCAGCUACAGCACCCCUUUUGGUGUAGCCACUGAUUUCCUUGUCACUGUACCCUUUGGCUCCACGGCUGAAGUAGCAUGUGAGCCCCAAGGAGAGGAGAUACCUAACACCUUCCUUGUGUGUAAGCCGCAGCCAAACAGCAACAUCUCUGAAUGGAGCAGCCCAGGUCCAUUUUGUGCUUCACUCACUUACGGUUGCAGCUACAACAAUGGGGGUUGUGAACAUGAGUGUCUGAAUCAAGGCAAGGGUUUGUUUCAAUGUGCAUGCCGCUCAGGAUACCAACUUGGAAGGGAUCAUCUUUCCUGUAUUCCCGUGGACUACUGCAGCUCCAAUCCAUGUCAAGGACAGUGUAAACCAUAUCCUGGGGGCUUCCAAUGCCUCUGUGCUUCUGGUUAUAUUUUGGCUGAUGAUGACCGGAGCUGCAUAGAUGUGAAUGAGUGUGGUGCACCUCAAAGUCCUUGUGAACAAAUAUGUGUGAAUACCAAGGGGUCCUUCACAUGUCGUUGCAACCUAGGCUAUAUGCCUGCUGAGUCUGACCACCAGGCAUGCCAGGACAUUGAUGAGUGUGCGAGGAACACACCAUGUGACCAGAUUUGUGUAAAUACUCAUGGCUCCUUCCAUUGCUCUUGCCAGCCAGGAUACCAGCUGGAAGGUAUUAAUAGCUCUUCUUGUCUUGAUAUUGAUGAGUGUCAGGAAGAACUUUGUGAACAUAUGUGCAUCAAUCAAGUUGGCAGCUACCUGUGCUCUUGUAGGGAUGGCUGGGUUUUGGCACUCAAUGGGAUCUCUUGUCUCUUGGAUCCAAUAAGCAGCAUCUCUUCACUAUCCACUCAGGGAGGAGAAUGGAUUCCAACAGAUACUCAUCCUGCUUCAGAGUUACCAGCUCUGCUGACUGAUUCUUCACCUCAAGCUGAGACAGGAGUCUUUGCAUCCGAGGAUUCCACCCUUCAGCCGGCUGUGGUCAGCAGUGCACUGGAGGACAAACCCCAUAUCAGAGAUGAGAGGAUAGAUAAGAACAGUCAUGGCUCCAAGCAAUUUUUGUAUCUUAUCUUGGGCGGUGUGGGUGUUUUAUUCCUGGUCUCUUUUGCCCUAGCUUGGGUCAUCUACAGGAAAAUAAAAGCCAAGGAAGUCAAGAAAAAUUCUAAGAAUGUCACGGAUAAUUACUCUUGGGUACCAGACCAAGGAGAGAGUAGGGCAGCAGGAAGCAAGGAGGGCUUGUAGUCAAUCAUGUGGUUUUGGUGUGGAGAAGGAAGGAAAGGAAAGUUGCUGAAGAGAGAGGAAGAUGAAAGGGUAAUACUUGGAAGUGCAUAAAACAACUAAUAACAAAUCCAGAUGCCCUGAUAUACGCAAUUACAAUACAAAUGAAGGACACAUAUCUAUGCUUAACCUAGACUUUUUUGGAACAUACUGAUUUAUAAUGAUAUUUUCAUAACAAAAGAAUAAAAUCCACCACUCAUUGGCCAAUCGUGAAAUAUUCUUUUUCCAUUGUGGAAAAACUGAAUAUAUAGAUCUCCUCUAGAUUGUACAAGAUAACACUAAAAUAUUAAUAUCCUAUGUAGAAAUUUAGAGACACUGAGAUCUGAGUCAUGUAGUCCUUUCCUUUUAAAAAGAGGGAUUAUUUGUAUGCAGUCUUGGAAAGCAUAUGAACUGUAAUACUGCAGUCAGUGUUCUAUUAUAAAAUAUGUAAUGUAGAUGUCCCUCCAGAUUAAUUUCCAUUAAAAAAAUGUAGGCUAAAGCAAGCUGCACCUAUUUAGAUAUUGCUGGACUUCAACUCCCAUAAGCACCUAGCUAUCAUGGCCUCAAUGGUCAGAAAUGGCAUGGUUUCAAGGCCAACAAAAUGUGGAACACCACAAACUGUCCACCUAGCUAUAGACCUAUAGGAAACAUGAGAACCCCAGGAAAGGAAUAGCAGCAACUAGCCAACUUAUGCUGACCUCAUAACCUAAGCAGGAUCAACUCUGAUAACCUUUUGGAUGAAUGGGGUGUGGGUGUGAAGGGACUCAUAUUCAUAAAACAAAUGCUGAAGAAAUUAAAACAGCCAAAUACCCAGCAGAAAGCAAUGGCAACCCACUUAGGGCAUGAAUGCAGUCAUCAGGACUAAAAAAAUGAGUGCCGCAUAUACCAUCCCUAUCUUGCCUUAUAUAUCGCUUGUGUCUAUCAGUUUGUCUGUCUGUCUGCCUGCCUAGUUUUAUCUGGUGUGGGAAAUUCCAUAGAAAAUGAAAUCUUAAAAUGGUGUGAUUAAAUUUUUCUUUCUUUCUUUUCCUCUCCUUUUACUUGUGGCUACUACAACAUGAUUUCAGAAUAAAAACAUUAAAAUACCCUUUCUUUGAAGACUCUGUAACUCUCGUGCUUAUUUCUCUUACCCACCCAGCUUUGAGCUAGAGCCAAAGAUUCCUGGGAAGAGCUAAGUUCAGAAGGAUCCACACCCUUCUCUUUAGUAAAUGGUCCUAUUCCGGUACACGAAAACUAAAAAGAGAGAAAACCUCAAAGAUUCUCUGCUUGUUUCUUUGUUUGCUUUCUUUUUUUAAAAAAAAUAUCUCACCUUUAUUACUUCAGAAACACAGGUAGUUCUCGACUUACACACCACUUGCUUUCUGACCAUUUGAAAUUACAAUGGCACUGAAAAAAAUGACUUAUGGCCAUUUUUCACACUUACAACCAUCCCCAUAGUUAUGUGAUAAAAAUUUGGAUGCUUGCAACUGACUCAUAUUUAUGACCGUUGCAGUGUCCCGGGGUCACGUGAUCCCAUUUCAUGACCUUCUGACAAGCAAGUCAAUGAGGAAGCCAGAUUCACUUAACAACAGUAUUACUAACUUAACAAUUGCA